AUGAGCUCUCUUGCGGACCAGGACAAAUACCAGGAGGAAAAGUCUACUGGAUCGGCAGAGGUGCAAGUCAAAGGUGUGGACAAACAUGACAACGACAACAAGCUUUUAGCCAGACUAGGAUACAGAAGUGAAUUCCGCCGGGAAUUCUCACUCCUGGAAAGCGUCGCGUUUGCCUAUGCCAUCAUGGGUCCCGUGGCCGGCGCGUCUUCCACUUUAGCCUUCGGACUCUCGUCUGGCGGUCAUGUCGGAAUGGUAUGGGGAUGGCUUGUCCCCUGCUGCUUCGUCCUAACGAUCGCAGCCUCCAUGGCCGAGCUCACUUCGUCUAUGCCAACGAGCGCCGGCCUAUACUACUUCGCGGCAAAAAUGGCAUCUCCGAAAUAUUCAGCCUUAGCAAGUUGGAUAACAGGGUGGUCUAAUAUAAUCGGACAAAUAACCCUUGUCUGCUCCAUCGACUUUACCGCGGCGCAGUUCAUCUCUGUCGCCCUCUUCGUAGGGUCCGAUGGAAGCAUAAACCUAAGCACCGGUGCCCAAUAUGGUAUUCUAUGGGCGCUUGUACUCUUGCAUGGCGUAAUCUCCUCCUUCGGGACGCGGAUCCUCGCGCGGCUCAACGUUUUCUACGCCGUUCUGAACUGUGAUACGUUUGACGCCCACGAAGUGGGCACCUCGAUCACUGUGAUAAGCGUCUUGUGUAAAUACGCGCGGCACGACGGGGUGUCGGCCAAGGUCGCGUUUACGCAGUAUGAGAACAACACCGGCUGGAGCAGCAAUGGAUGGGCGUUCUGCCUUUCUUUCCUGUCGUGCAUGUGGACACUCACAGAUGAUUCCGCGGCGCAUGUCUCCGAAGAAACCGCCAACGCCUCCCGCAGUGCACCCCGCGCCAUCUUCAUGGCAGUUCUCAUGACCAUGAUCAACGGCUGGCUCAUCCUCAUCUCCGCCUCCUUCGCCAUCACGUCCGUCCCCGACCUGCUAGCCUCGCCAUUGCCGCUGCCCAUGGCGCAACUACUGCUUACCGUGAUGGGCAAGCACGGUAUGCUAGCUGUGUGGAGCUUAAUUUUCCUCGUCCUCUUCAUGGCAGGUGCCUCGCAAUGCGUCGACGCCUCCCGCGUCGUCUACGCGUUCGCGCGCGACAACGCGCUCCCGGGCUCGCGCUACUGGCGCCGCGUGAACACGCACAGCCAGACUCCCGUCAACGCCGCGUGGUUCGUCGUCAUAUGCGCGGGCAUCUGCGGGCUCGUCGGGUUUUCCGACGCUGCGCUGUCGUCGCUGGCCGGGGCAUCGACGAUCGGGCUGUACAUAUCGUAUGCCGCGCCUAUAUUCUGCCGGAUAACCUCCGGGCGGCGCAGGCUCAAGCCCGGUCCCUUCUCGCUGGGCGCCCUCGCGGUCCCCGUGGGCGCGGUUGCGGUCGCGUGGGUCGCGUUCAUCACGGUUGUGCUGAUGUUCCCGAGUUCCAGCGUCCCGAACGCAGAGAAUAUGAAUUAUGCGGUCGUAAUUAUCGUGGGGAUCUUGGGCCUUGCUGGGGCGUGGUGGGUGGGUGGUGCAAGGAGAUGGUUCAAAGGGCCUGUGCCGAAUAUUGAGGGGGUCGACGCUGAAUAUAAGGAGUAUACUCCGGACGCGUAA